UUCUUCUUCCUCUCACCUGCCUUAUAAAUGAAACUCUCUUUGUAUAUAUUAUUAAAAAAAACCAACUUUUAUAAAUCACAGCUCACACACCCUAUCUCUCUACAAACCCUAGCUCCGAUGGGCUUUCCCGUAGGCUACACAGAGGUGUUUCUCCCGAAGCUCUUUGUACAAACACUUUCCAUACUCAGUUUCAUCAGAACCGUCGUCUUCUCCCUCUUCCGCUUCUUGGGCCUCUCCGACUUCCUCGAAACGGAUCAAACCUGGCCCGACUACACAUUUUACCCGGCCCGAAUACCCGAACUCCCCUCCCCCUUCUCCGCCUUACUCAUCCGCGAGAUCUUACCCGUUAUCAAGUUCGAAGAGGCCGUAACGAGCUCCUACGGCGAAGAUCUGCCGGAGAGCUGCGCCGUCUGCCUCUACGAGUUCGAAGGAGAGCAAGAGAUCCGACGGCUGAGAAACUGCAGACAUAUAUUCCACCGGAGCUGUCUCGACCGUUGGAUGGAUCACGACCAGAAGACGUGUCCUCUUUGCAGAACGCCGUUUGUUCCAGAUGAGAUGCAAGAAGAGUUUAAUCAACGGCUAUGGGCUGCUUCUGGUGUUCAUGACUUCCACAGUGAGUUCUGUCCCGUGACGGAACUAUAGAGAUAGCUUCUUUUGUGUCUUUUCACCACUGUACUUUUAAUUUUGCGUUUUUCACCCUUGCUAACAUUAGAUUUGCCACGCUUUUAUGUGUGUGUAUAUACAUAUGAAUCAGAUGAGCAAUAAACGUUACGAAAAAUAA